UCAACCUUGCUCAGCUGCUUUGCUUUGCCCUUACAAGUUGCAACAUCUCAAAAAACACAGUUCAUGGUAGCUUGCAGCUAACUUCAUUCAGUGUCGGUACUGUCAAAAUGGCGGACGGUGAUAUAGAUUUGUAUGCCGACGAUUUAGAACAAGAUUUUGCCCAGGAUGAAUUCGCUGGCGAUGGGCUUGAUUUAUAUGACGAUGUUAUUGCCGCUACUGACCGUGUGUCAAUGAGCGAGAAAAGUGAUCGAACAGAUCGAGAUAGAGACAAUAGAUCACCUACUGAUGAAGCCAAUGAGAAUUCCUCUUACAAUCAACUUGGAAAUAAUAUUCAUCCAAAUCAAGUUGGCCGACGACAUCAAUUGUAUAUUGGAAACUUGACUUGGUGGACAACCGAUAAAGACAUUCAAGAAGCGAUUGUCAAUCUUGGAAUUACAGAUUUCAUUGAAGUGAAAUUUUUCGAAAAUCGUGCCAAUGGACAAUCGAAGGGAUUUUCUGUCGUUUCCCUUGGCUCUGAUCAAAGUACACAAAUUUGUAUGGAUCGAUUACCAAAAACAGAACUUCAUGGACAAAAUCCAGUUGUCACUUAUCCAUCGAAACAUGCUUUGAAUCAGUUUGAAUCGCAGUGUAAAACUCGACCACCACCGUCUCCGCAACACAAUCAAAAUCAACGGCCACACAAUUCACAUCCUCAUACACCAAUGUCACCUCAACAUCAUUCACAGCAUCAGCAGCAUCCUCAACAUAUGCAACAAAAUCACGGACAUCGGGGAAUGAUGAUGGGACCCCCGCAGUAUGAUGGGCCAAGACAGGGUCAAAGAAUGCCUCCACCAGGAAUGGGUCAACCUGGUCCCGGUGGUCCACCUCAAGGACCACCUCGCAUGCAUGGACCUCCAAUGGGUCCUGGUCCAGGUCCUCAUCAUCAAAUGCAAGGGCAUCCAAAUCAAGGUCCACCGCCACCUGGUUAUCAACAGGGUCCUUGGAAUGGUCCACGACCCAAUGGACCUCAACGAGGUCCCAAUGGCCCCGGGGGACCUGGACAACAGGGAAUGCCCGUUCCUGGACCUGGUCAACGUCCACCACCUGGAAUGGUCAACGAAUUCCAAUUUCAUGGAGGUCCACCGGGACCUAUGAAUCAAGGACCACCUCGAGGCCCACCUGGACAUCCUGGUCCUCCUGGUGAACUUCGAGGAGCUCCUCCUAGAGGCGCUGAAUGGAAUCGUCCUCCAGGUAUGAUGCCUGGACCUGGAGGGAUGCCACCAGGACAUGGAAUGCCACCUCAAGGGCCACCAGGACCACCGGGUGGACCAGCGCCUCAUGUGAAUCCAGCUUUCUUCCAACAGGGUCCAUCACAUCAGGGUCCACCUGGACCACCACAUGGACCAACUCAUGGACCUGCUCCUCAUAAUUAUGGUCCUCCUGCUCAGACACCGUACGGAGCUCCAGGACCUGAGCAUCGUCCAGAAGCACACUCGAAUCUUACCGAACUUGAGUUUGAGGAAAUAAUGGGACGCAAUCGAACUGUAUCGUCGUCAGCAAUUGCAAGGGCAGUUUCGGACGCUGCCGCCGGCGAGUAUGCAAGUGCAAUUGAAACUCUCGUCACUGCAAUAUCGUUAAUUAAACAAUCGAAAGUCGCUGGUGACGAUCGAUGCAAAAUUCUCAUCAGUUCCCUUCAAGAUACAUUACGUGGAAUUGAAACAAAAAGCUAUGGCUCUGCAAGAAGAGAUCGUUCUCGUUCGCGGGAUCGCGAUCGAAAUCACAGAAGGCGACGCGAGAGAUCAAGAUCGAGGGAUCGUGAAUAUAGAGAUCGAAGUCGAGAGAGAGAUCGUGAUAGGGAUCGCGAGAGGGAGAGAGAACGCGAGAAGGAAAGAUAUUACAAUGAAACGUAUCCUAGAGAAAGAUCACGAAGUCGUGAAAGGGAACGUGAUCGCGAAAGAGAAUACAGGGAGCGAAGCCGUGAAGAAAGCUCAACGAGACAGGGAUCAUCUAGAGCUAGGCCUAAAGAAGAAGCGCCAGAAUCAGGAGCCGUUUCGUCUUCUAAGUCAUCUAGAUAUUACGAUGAGCGUUACAGAGAACGAGACAGAGACAGAGAACGUGAACGUGAGCGGGAAUCGUCAUCGCGACGACCAACGGAAAGAGAACGCGAACCGGAACGUGAAAGAGAACGUGAACGACGAGAAGACGAUUCCACUCAUCGUUCAAGGCAUUAAAAAAAAAAAAAAAAAAAUUCACAAUUUCGUGUGAUUUUUUUUUUUUUUUAAAAAGGCAUUUUAAAGAGAAAAAAAAUUUACCAUUUUUCCACAUUUUUUUUUGUGCAUUUUAUACAUUUCGCGUGAAAAAAAAAGAUUUUUUACAAUUUACGAUAUACUUUUU